AUCACCACAAAGUGAAAGAGUCAAAUGGGUCAAAUAACAAGCAACAAAGAGGAGAAUAUGGUGCCAGUGAUAGACUUGCAUGAUUUCCCAGCACAAUCAAAGAAGUUGAUAGAGGUUUGUGAGGAGUGGGGUUGUUUCAGGCUUGUCAACCACCACAACAUUCUGCCACUUUCACUCAUGCUGGACAUGAAACAAGUGGUGAAGUCACUCUUUGAUCUUCCAGAGGAGAUCAAACAGAGAAACAAGCAUGUUCUUCCUGGCAGUGGUUAUACUGCCCCAACUAAGAGAGAUCCUCUCUAUGAAGCUCUUGGGCUCUAUGAUAUGGCAUCACCCCAAGAUGUUGAAGCCUUCUGUAAUGACUUGGAUGCCUCACCUCAUCAAAGAGAGACCAUAGUGAAAUAUGCCAAAUCCGUGCAUGAAUUGAUGAUGGAGAUUGGACGAAAAUUAGCAGAAUCAUUGGGUUUGAAAGGUGAACUUUUUGAAGGAUGGACUUGUCAGUUCAGAAUUAACAAGUACCACUUUACCUCUGAGAGUGUGGGCUCAUCCGGAGUGCUAGUACAUACAGACUCUGGAUUCCUUACAAUACUGCAAGAUGAUGAGAGUGUGGGUGGUCUAGAAGUCAUUAAGAGAUCAGGAGAAAUUGUGGCAGUUGAUCCCUUGCCUGGUAGCCUCCUGCUUAAUUUCGGGGAUAUGGCCACUAUUUGGAGCAAUGGGAGAUUUUGCAAUGUGAGGCAUAGGGUGAUGUGCAAGGAACCAAGUAUGAGGCUAUCAAUUGCUUCAUUCCUUUUGGGUCCCAAAGAGAUGGCAGUAGAGCCACCACCGGAGCUUCUUGAAUCUGAUCCGCGGCGGUUGUAUGUGC